AUGGAUAAGAUAAUGUUAUUUGUAGUUUUUAACGGAAGAUGGAAUGCAAACAACAAAUACAUUGAUCAUGAAGUGAAAAUAUUGAUGGUGGAAAAGGAUAUCAAGUAUGAGGAAUUGGUAAACAAGAUAUACAAAGAGCUCAGAUUGAAUGAAAGAUUGAUUUCAACAAACUUGAUUUUUGAUGCAAAUAUGGAUACAAGCAAAGGAAUGAAGAUAGAAAGUGAUGAGAAUUUACAAGUUUAUCUAAACUUGAACAAGACUGUGGAAGAGUUGAAAAAAUGUCCUCUCAUCGUUGAAGUAGAACAGAGAAAUCAAAAAAUUUCUUUGCCAAGAGAAGCUAGCAUUCCAUCUGCUUUAGCAAGCAAUGCAACAAGUCAAAGUUUGACUCUCACAGACCCCAAUACAAAUACUGCAAGCACUAGCAAAAUGAAGAGCGCCUCAACACAAGAAUCCAACAAAUUUACAGAACACGGGCAAGAAGCUCAAUCACCUCUCCAUGUGUUGCCGAAUAUGGAGAUUGAAGACAUAAGACUCAAUUAUGUUUUCAAGAAUAAGACUGAUCUAAAACAUACACUUGCGAAAAUAGCCAUCAAGAAACACUUUCAGUACAGAAUUCAAAAAUCAUGUUCAGAAGCAUUUUGGGCAAAAUGCAUAGAUGAGAAUUGUGGCUGGUAUGUACGUGCAAGAAGCUCAAAAGUAUCAGAAUACUUUCGAGUUAUCAAAUACCAUAAACACCACACAUGCUCCUUAAAUCACAGAAAUUUUGAAAAUAGACAAGCAAGUGCAAAAGUCAUCAGUAGUUACUUCAAAGAGAAGUUUCGUGACCCAGGAUCAACCUAUCGACCAAGGCAAAUAAUAAGAGACAUGAGAGAUGAACAUGGGGUAGGUGUAACAUACAAUAAAGCUUGGAGAGAAAAAACACUUGCAGCUGAUGAUGUUAGAGGGUCAAAUGAGGAAAGUUAUGCAUUGUUGCCUUCAUAUUUGUAUAUGCUACAGUUGGCCAACCCAGGAACUAUCACACGAGUAUGUAAAGAUGAAGAAAACAGGUAUGAAUAA